AUGAAGAAGAUGUUCUCCUGUUCCACCUCGCAGGUCGCGGUCGAGAGCUGGAACAAACACGACCAGAAGCUUUUCGAAGCCGUCGAGAAGGGGGACGUGGGCCGAGUUGCCGUCCUGGCUUCCAGAAAGACCGCGAGACCCACCAAGCUCAACGCCCUUGGCCAAUCUGCGUUCCAUCUGGCAGCUUCCAAAGGGCUCACCGAAUGCCUGACCAUCCUGCUGUCUCAUGGGGCCGAAGUCAAUGAGAAGAAUGACGACGGCAGCACGGCGUUGCACCUGGCCACCAUCGCCUGCCAGCCCCAGUGCGUCAAGGUUCUGCUGCAGCACGGCGCCAACGAGGACUGCGUGGAUGGGGAGAACCGCACCCCCCUACACUGGGCCGCCUCGUCAGGGUGUGCAUCCAGCGUCUUGCUCCUGUGCGACCAGGAGGCCUUCCUGGAUGUCACCGAUAACAAUGGACGCACACCCCUGAUGAUAGCGGCCGUGGGGAACCACCCCGCCAUCUGCUGCCAGCUGCUCCAGAGAGGGGCCAGCGGCGACCUCACCGACAAGGACCAGAAGACUGCUCUGAUCCUGGCCUGUGAGAACUCCAGUGUGGAGUCAGCCGAGCUGCUGGUAAGCAGCGGGGUGGACCUCAGCAUGGUGGACAGGAUGGGCCACGACGCCCUGCACUACGCCCUGCAGUCCCAGAGCCGCCCGCUGAGGAGGCUGCUGCGUAGUGCCCUGAAGAAGAGGAAGAGAAGAGAGCACGGACCUGGCCGUCAAACAGGAGCCACUGCACAGGUGACCGCCGAACCACUGGAGCGCAGCAGCAGCAGCACAACCUUGCAGAGCGAGGGAGGCGGAGCCACCGACGGGGAUGAAGAGGAUCUCGACGCCGAGGAGUGGAGGUGUCGGUACGAAGACGAGCAGACGAAGGUCCUGCAGCUGGAGGAGCAGCUAGUGAGGAAGGCGAAGGAGUGUGAUGCCCUGGUGGAAGGGUGCAAGGUGAUGAAGGAGAGGAUCUGGGACCAGGUGCAGGAGAUAAGCCAGCUGUUGCCGGAGAGGGCAGAUGAGGGCAGGCGGGUGCUGAGCCGCCGGUACAGCCGGGACACCACAGAAGAGGACUAUUACCUGAACCUUUUGGCUGAACAAGUGCAAGAGCUGAAGAAGAGACAGCAAGAGGCAGGGAGAGGAGGAGGCCAGAACGUAGCAGUGAAGGAAGAGAGGAUACAGUGGCCGGGGGAGGAGGAAGAGGAGGAGAAGAGACACCACCAGGAGGAGCUGCAGCGGCUCCAGGCCGAAGUGGCCACGGCCUUGGAGGGGAAGGAGAGCGCGACGAAGAGGGUGGUGGAGAUCGAAGGCCAUCUGGAGAACAUGAGGGCGGUGAUCGCCGUCUACGAGGCCAAGAAGCGGGCCCAUGGUGAGGCACUGGAGCAGCUUCAGGCUCGUGUCGCUGAGCUUGAUGGCGACAACCAACGGCUACGCGGGCUGCUGGGAAAGCAGCAGGGAGAAAGCCAGAAGGCGGGAAGGCAGGAGGUGGAUCAGAGAGGGCCCAGAGCCGCUCUCUGUGCUGAGCUAGGCCAGUUCCUGUCAUGGAUGAGGGAGGCGGCUGCCAGAGCACAGGAGGAGAAGGCCACGGUCCUCGCUGAAAACGAGGCUCUGAAGAGGGAGGCAGAGGAGGCCCUCGGGGGCAAAUUUCACCUCGAGGCGGUGCCAUCAGAAGCCAUCAGGAAGAGCGUGGCCUCUUGGGAGAAGAUGGUGAUGGGCUUAGAACGUGCUCUGGCCAAGAUGGAUGAGGCCAACUCCAGCCUCCUGGAGAAAGCCAGGCCUCUUCAGGAAGCCAUCUCAGCCCCUCAGAGCAAGCAGGAGUCAGGGGUCUUGGUAAACGGCAUGGUGGCUUCCCAGCUCCAGGAGCUGAGAAAUGGCCUGGAGCAGCAUGAGGAGGAGAGCAAUGUCUUUAGAGAUGAGGCUGAGUCUCCACUGAGGCAACCUCAAUCCCCGGAGGAGCUGGAGAAGGGCAGGAUGGAAAAGAACCAGCUCCAAGAUGGCCCCCAUGGGCAACUCAGACCUAGGCUGAGGAAUGAUUCUGUGGAAACCAAGGGCCAGGCCAGGAGGAGAAGCUCUGACCUAGAGAAAGAGGUGUCGGACCUCAGACAGAACAAUGGCAGCCUCAUGAACGAGCUGGCCCAGUUGGGCCAGGAGAGGGAGAAGCUACAGGAUGAGCUCCAGCGCCUCUGGCAGCACCAGAAGGAGGGGUCCCCCCAAGGAGAGGCGCAGGGCCUGGUGGAGGAGCUGAGGCAGAGAGUGGCCGCCUUGUCCCGGGAGCUGUCAGCCGAGAAGGAAGAGACCAAGAAGCUGAGGCUAAGGCUAGAGACCCAGAAGAGGGAGAUGGUGGUGCUGAGGGACAGCUUCCUCAAGCAGAUGAUGGGAGAGGCCAACAGCGUGGGAAGCCAGAGCCUCAGCACCUGCAUCUUGGAGGAGCUGCACUGGAAACUGGACAACCUGGUGAAGAAGCAUAACGAGGCCCUGCAGCUGGUGUCGGAGAUAGAAGAGGAGAGCCAGGUGCUUGUGGGCGACCAGGGUCCUGCCGUGCAGUGCGAGGCUAUCGACGCCUCCGCGGCGGGCGAGAAAAACCCUCAAAGCCACAGUGUCCAGGCCCUCGGUCAGGAAGCGCCCGAGACCUUGGAGAUCGUUGGCGGAGAGCUGGUGCUUGAACCCUGGCGUUGGGUGAAUGAGCUGGAGAGAGAUCUGUGGGAGCUGAAGGAGGAGCUAGAGGCAGCUCAGGCCACGCUGGGCGGUGAAAGCCACGACGUGACCAAGCUGAAGCAGAUGCUCGACCGACUGCCCGUGAAGGUGGCAGAGUUGUGCUCGGAGGAGGAGGAGACCCUGCGGAUGCACGAGAAGGCCUGGAGCUCCCUGGCGCUCCAGACUCAGGCUCUGGAAGAGGAGCUGCGAGCCCUUCAGGAGAAGCAUGAGGAGGUGAGGGGGAAGUCCGCCCAGCGGGAGGAGGCCCUGGCCGCAGAGAAGCAUAAGAACAAGGACCUGCUGGCCAAGAUGGCGGAGCAGGAGAAGGAAGCCGGAGAGCUGAGGGGGACGUCGGAGCAGCUGGAGAGACCCAUCCAGAAGCUGAACAAGAAGGUGGAGGAGCUCUCCAGGACCUGCCAGGACAAAGAAGGGAAGAUUAAAAAGCUGCUGAAGGAGACGGAGAAGCUUUCGGCAGAGAUCCUGGCCCUGCGCAGUGAGAGUGCUCGUCUCCAGCUGCAGUUAGAGGUUAAGGAAAAAAAUCACCAGGAGAUUGUUACUAUCUACAGAACCCAUCUGCUCAAUGCAGCCCAGGGCUUCAUGGAUGAAGAAGUUCACUCGAUGCUGCUCCGAAUCCUGAGGGCGAAGGAGGAGUGA